GAUAACAGUGCGAGUUCUUUACUCUUGGCCUGUCUCCGUCCCUCCACCCCUGUCAAAUGCAGUCCUGGUGAGCCGCCCCGCCUCCCUCCGCCAGGUGACGCUGCUGGUGCACCUGAGGCUGCGGCGCGUCACGUCCCACAUCCCGCUGCUCAACUACGCCGUGGAGGGAGCCAACGAGGAGCUCUUUGUGGGUGAGUGUGUGUGUGUGUGUGUGUGUGUGUGUGUGUGUGUGUGUGUGUGUGUGUGUGUGUGUGUGUGUGUGUUUGUUGUAUAGCAGUGUCCUGGACAGCACCAUUAGCCCCCUCCCCUCCCCCCAGAGCUGGUGCCCAAGAAGAAGGACAUGCAUGUACAGUGCUGUGGCGGGCUGGUCUCCGAGGCCUUCAAGUUCAAACUUCGCAUGUUUCGCUGGCAGCACAUCUGUGUGUCAAUCAACCUGGACACCAGGAUUCUGCAUGUCAUCUAUGACAACCUGGUGUGUGUGUGUGUGUGUGUGUGUGUGUGUGUGUGUGCUGCUAUCGGUCAGUGAGUAACAGGGAGUCCAUCAAGGUGGAGUGGUUGAGCAGUCUGACCAGUGGUAGUUUGGAACGCACAAUGACAAGUUUGUCUGGCGCCAGUGCAAGUCAGUGACAGCAGUGUAUUGCCGUCCACAGGAGUAUCGGCGCCAACUGCAUGUGCCAGGGUCCGAAUUGGGUCCUGGGGAGAGGCUGGAGGUGCGAGGCGGCGGGCGUCUGGUGGUGGGACAGAAGCUGUACUCCAUUGAUGGGGACUUCAUUGUGCUGGAGACCCUGGAUGGCGAGGUGGGCGACUGGCGCCUGUACGACAUGGCGCUCGAGGCAGACCAGAUGAAGGCUCUCCUCCGCUGCAGGGAACUGAAUGACCUGCGCCACCCGAUGAUAGAUCUGUCGAGUGGUCACUUCAAGGUGCUGGGGCCUACCACCACACGCAACAUCACCCUGGCAGAGAUCUGCAGUGACCGCGUCACCGGCUUCUAUCUCUUCUUCCCCCAGAAGAUGAUCUUCAAACACGCCUACACCUGGUGCCGCAAACUGAAGGGCAACCUCAUUCUGCCGGAGGAUGGCUCUACCAAUGAAUACUUCUUUGACCGCUUUGUGAGCUACAAGGAUCAAUGCGACGACAUCUGGACGCACCUCUUCUGGAUCGGCUCGGGCGGCAACCUGACCACGCGUGUCUGGGAGCGCCUGACGGACGGCGAGCCCAUACAGUGGUACCAGUUCCUGCGGGAGUAUCGCACCGUCACGCCGGAGUUCCAGUGCAUCGCCGUGGUCACGCACGACCGUUACAAGUGGGCGGCGUGUCCCUGCGACAUCGAGACCUGCGUGCUGUGCAACUUCACCACGCACCCAGAGAUGCGGCUGCGUGGCCUUUGCAAGGACUCCGCCUUUGACAGACUUUUCUCUUUUCGAGACAACAAGGAUUAUCAGCUGAUUUUUGACGGCCUGGCCCACGUAGUGAUGGAGGAGCGAAAUGACACAUGGAUUAUGCGCAGCCGCCUGUACCCUACCCUGAAGGCAGAGAUGAUUUCCCAGUGGGUGGGACAGUACCCAGUGGGUGUGCACACGUGGAUAAUUGAGGGGGACCGCUGCCGCCAGAAAGAGGUAGAGCUGCUGCUGACGUCUUGCCACGACGACGAGUACACCUGCAACGACGGCUCGUGCAUCAGGAAGGACCGCCGCUGCGACCUGAGUGUGGACUGCGCCGACCAGAGUGACGAGAUGGACUGCUCCGUGGUGGUGGUGCCCGACGGCUACUCCGCACAGCUGCCACCGCCCACCUACAAGGGCACGUCGCUGCCCAUCCUCUUCGCCCUCAACAUCACCUCGGUCAGGACGUUUGAUCUGGUCUCCUUCACCAUCGGCAUCGACGUGUACAUCAAGAUGGAGUGGAGAGACAGACGACUUAAAUACAACAACCUGCUGGGCAAUAUGCGCGCCAACAAGCUGAGGAGGUGGCGGGAGGUGUGGACGCCAGGCCUGGAGAUGGAGGACGGAACGAAGAGCGCAGUGGAGAUCAAGACACACUCACAGGCGGCCUACGUGGUGCGUGCUGCGGAACCUCUGCCUGACGAUGACACCACCAUCAGAGAGGACGUGGCUUUCAGUGGCCUGGAAAACCCGCUGGUGUUCCAAGACGAGGCCACGCUCACGUUCAAGUGUCACUUUGAGCUUCAGAUGUACCCCUUCGACCGGCAGAAGUGCUUCAUUGUGUUCAAGAUCAAGGACGUGACGGAGGAGCUGGGCAUGCUGGUCAAGAAAAUGCCUUUGGACUUCCCGGUGUAA